GUUGAGGGAAUCGUCGGGAUGUUUUGACGACGCCAUUCCAUUGGCCAUAGAACCUUCCAACGGAAUUUUAUAUAUCGAUUGUAGAUUCAACUAUGGAACAUUUCAUUUGUUUCUGAAUUGUAGACAAGAGAUGAGUAAGACGGUAACAGAAAGUUGGGCUGCUAUGGAACCGAAAGCAAAAGUAGUUCCCUAUCAGUUGGAACUACCUGCUUUGGGUCCUAACGAUGUCGAAGUUGACGUGGAAUAUUGUGGUGUUUGUCAUUCGGACGUUCAUAUCAUUGAUAAAGAAUGGGGCGACGAAGCUUCUCGUUUUCCAAAAGUUGCUGGUCACGAAAUAGUUGGAAAAGUAUCGAGACGUGGAAGUGAAGUGAGAGAGCUUCAAAUAGGAGACAGAGUAGGAAUCGGGUGGUAUCGUCGUGCUUGUUUGUCUUGUCAAGAGUGCAUCCAAGGAUAUGAAAACCUAUGUCCUCACGGGGAAGCAACUUGUUUUGGUGCUUCUCAAGGUGGCUUUUCUAGAAAAACUAUCGCUGAUGCCAGAGUUGCAUUUCCCAUUCCAAAGGAGAUUCCGCCAGAGUACGCUGGACCACUGUUCUGUGGUGGAAUUACAGUAUUUGCACCAUUUCGUCGUUUCGGUGUGAAACCAGGAGACCAUGUGGCAGUUGUUGGAAUAGGAGGACUAGGGCAUAUGGCGCUGAAAUUUGCAAAAGCUUUUGGUUGUAAAGUCACAGCAAUCUCGUCGAGCGCAGACAAGAUCAAAGAAGCAAAAGAAUAUGGUGCUUCCCAAUUUAUCAAUUCAUCAGAUGAAAAGCAAAUGAAAGAGGCGCAGGGAACCAUAGACUUCAUGUUGGUUACUGUUCCUAAAAAAUUGCCUUGGCAACAAUAUACUGCUCUUUUGCGUCGAAACGGUAAGAUGGCAAUUGUCGGUGCUAUUUUGGGGAAUGUGGAGGUUCCAGUCAUGACAGAAUUGAUGGUAAGACAACUUACCAUAUGUGGAAGUAUUACAGGAGGUAGAGCGCUUAUUAAGGACAUGUUGAACUUUUGUGCUCUUCAUCAAAUAUUUCCUAAAUGUGAAGUCACGACUGUAGACCAUUUGAAUGAGGCACUAGAUAGAGUUCGAGAAAACAAAGUGCGGUAUCGAAUGGUAGUCAAGUUGUAAUCUAGGUAUCAAUGAGAUAGCAAGGGGGUUUUAGAGUGUGAUGCAUACAUAAAAAUUGCGUUCUGGACGAGUCAAAAUA